CUGGAGACUGAUUCCUGUAGCAGGAAGGAGCAAACCAUACAGCUUCAGUCCAACGUUAAGAGUCCGGGGGGACCCACGGAUAUCUGCGUGCGACAAACACAACGUUGCAUUACAGAACAAGUUUUUGGAAUUAUUCGGGCCAGAACCAAAUUUUCAGCAUACGACACAACAACUACUACUAAAAAAAAAAAAGGGGGAAAAACGGUUCUGAAGUAAGAGGGGGUGUUGGUUUGGAUUCUGUUUUAGUUACCAGAAGUUCAAAUGGAGCAAUUAAACGAACUCGCACGGAAACAACAGGAGAUUGGUCAACAAAUGUGUAAAAUGUUAGCCAAUAUGAAGAAAGACUCAGCCUCCAGGAAAACCAGCGAAUAUAUUGUGAAACAUGACCGACAGCUAGAAGCUUAUCAGGAAGGUAUCGAAAAAAAUCAUAACGAAAUUAUCGAAUUACAGAUACAAAAUCAUGAGUAUCACAGUACAAAGUACAGAGAUCAGCUGCAAAAGGUCUACGACAACACGAUAAAUUAUCUACAACAGUUACAGAAUCAGCAGAAGAAGGAAGAGGAUAUUGAAGAAAUGGAUAACGAACAGGAGCUCCGAAUAAAAAAACAGGAGGUUCGUCUAAAACAAUUUAGAGGGAUAUUGUUUCAAAUGGAAGAGGAAAUAAUGGAGCAGAACUUAAGACGCGCGAAACAUUGCACCAAAGCAGAGAAGAAGUGGGAAGUAAUAUCAGAGCUUGAAGUGGACAUUCAAGCAAACGAGGUGAGCUUCUCUCAUGAGUAUUUUAGAAAGGAUCCAGUCACGAAAAUGGAAUUCGAAUACGAUAACAUACAAGAAAAAUUAAAAAUGCUCACCAAAAAGGCAAGUAUAAAGGCGACAAACAACAUCGAGCUGCCCAAAAUAAAAAUACCAACGUUCCGAAGUGGAUAUGACAAUUGGGCUCCCUUCCACGAUUUGUUCGAGAAAUUAAUACAUUCCAACGAGAAGUUAUCGAACGCGGAGAAGAUGCACUAUCUGAAGGGGCAUGUGGACGGAGAAGCAGCAAGACUUAUACAGCAUCUAAUGAUCUCGGAACAAAAUUACGUAACAGCAUGGAAGAUCCUUCAAAACAGGUAUAAUAACAAAAGAUUAAUGGUAAAUACGUUAUUAGAUAGAAUCCUGGAAUUCUCGAAAAUGGAAACAGCGAAGGCAUCUCGAUUGAAAUGGCUUCACGAUACCAUACAUGAGUGUCUGGAGACAAUAUCAAAUCUGGGAAUGGAUACAUCGUCAUGGGGUCCAAUGGUAAUUAGAAUCACCACAAAGAAAUGGGACUCAGAAACCAACAGGCUAUUUGAGCAGUCACUAAAACAACCAAAUGAAAUCCCAGCAUUAGGAGAAGUGAUGCAGUUCAUGCAGACGAGGUUCCAGUCCUUGGAGGCAUCGGGGUCAAUGCAGAGCAAGGAUGCGAGUCCUAGGUACACCUGGGGAAACACGUCCACCAUAUCAUGCCAUUACUGCCAACAGGAGCAUCGACUUGAACAAUGCCUUAAGUUCAAGGGGCUAUCAAUCAACGACAGAAACAAGGAAGUAAGAGAAAGAAAAAUAUGUUUUAGGUGUUUAAAACACAACAGCGAGGAAAAAUGCUACUCAGCGUACAGGUGUGCAGAAUGCGGUUAUCCACAUCACACUUUACUUCACCAACCGUACAAACCAAUAGCAGAGCGGGCAACACAAGCAAGCACAAGAACAUCACACACUACAGUAUCUAAAAGGAAUUGUCAAACCCAAAAGGAAAACCAGGAAGUACUACUAGCAACAGCGAUAGUACAAGCACAAGACCUCACUGGCGUACAGCAAUUAUUAAGAGUACUAGUGGACCCUGGAUCACAAGCCUCGUUCAUCACAGAAAAGGCAGCACAGCAGUUGAAGCUACCACGACAAAAAGCGAAUGCAAGGGUAUCAGGAAUAGGUGGUUAUGAUCACACUAACGCAAAAACCAAGAUAACGGUUCAAUUACAUCCAAGACAACCAAGUGAGUAUGAGUUAACAACAGAACUAAUCAUUCUCACAAAGAUAACCGAAAAUCUACCACUGGCGUCGUUUGAGAUGAACAAAGAUCCAUGGAAGAAUGUGCUGUUAGCUGAUCCCACGCUGAAUAACUCCGGACCAAUUGACAUACUACUGGGUGCCGAGGAAUACGCAAAGAUCAUACUACCGGGAGUCAUGAAAGAAGGAAAAUUAGUGGGUCAACAAACCGAAUUUGGGUGGGUGAUAUCCGGGCAAACAAAGCACGGUGUCAACCAAGGCUAUCAAAUACUGGGCAUGGUAUCAACAAUGGAAGAAGAGACACAACUAUCCAAAUACUGGGAAAUAGAAGAAGCGACCAUGGCUAAUGGGUUCAAUGAAGAAGACAAGAAGUGCGAAGACCACUAUAAGGCAAACACUACACGCAGCCCCGAUGGAAGAUACACAGUCAAGAUUCCAUUCAAGAAGAAUUCGAUCAAAUGGGGGCGAUCCAGACCACUAGCAAUAGCCAGGUUGUUGCAACUGGAGAAAAAACUAGCAGCAAACGACAAGAUGCGUGAAGAAUACAACGCGUUUCUACAAGAAUACCUGGAUUUGGGUCACAUGGAAAUGGUACAGGCACACUCAAUCGAGGGCACACGCUAUUACAUACCACACCAACCAGUGAUAAAGGAAUCCAGUACUACAACGAAGAUGAGAGUGGUGUUUGAUGCAUCAGCCAAAACGACGACCAGCGGAAGUUUAAAUGAGAUGAUGUAUGUGGGACCGAGGUUGCAGCCAGACAUAGCCGAUAUAUUACUAAGAUGGAGAAAACAUCAAUAUGCGUUCACAGCAGAUAUUAAAAAGAUGUACCGCCAAAUAAGGAUACAUCAAGACGAUCGCCAGUUCCAGACUAUAGUAUGGAGAUUCGAACGUAAUCAGCCGAUACGCGAAUACCAGCUCAACACAGUAACAUAUGGAACAGCGGCAGCUCCAUACUUAGCCAUAAAGACACUACAACAGUUAGCAGAAGACGAAAAAGAAGAGUAUCCAUACGCAGCACGAGUCACGCUACAAGACUUCUAUGUGGACGACAUUUUAUCUGGUGCUAACAGCAUACCUCAAGUAGUACAAUUGCAAAAAGAAUUAACCAAUAUGCUAAAAAAAGGAGGGUUCCAGCUACAUAAAAGGGCAGCCAAUAAAGAAGAGAUAUUAACCACUAUUCCCAUGGAAGCUAGAGAUCCUGCUGUAGCCGAGUUCAACAAUGACGACCAGAUCAAAUCGUUGGGAAUAAGAUGGAUACCAAACCAAGACAUCUUUACGUUCAAAUUCAAGGAUGGCCAAGAUAAACCAACCAAACGGAACAUUUUGUCGGAAGUGGCCAAGAUAUUCGACCCUUUGGGUUGGCUGUCACCAAUACUCCUAAAUGCAAAACUACUCAUACAAAGACUCUGGCUAUCCAAUACAGGCUGGGACGAAGAGGUGGCGGAAUCAAUCAAGAUAGAAUGGACAAACUUCAAAAUCGAUCUCAGUAUGGUGGAAUACUUACGGAUACCUAGAUGGAUGCAGUACGAUCAAGACCAAGAAAAAAUAGAACUUCAUGGGUUCUGUGAUGCAUCAGAAAAAGCGUAUGGAGCAGUGGUGUACUCAAAAACAGGAAAUGGGUGCAUAAGUUUAUUAAUGUCAAAAUCAAAAGUCGCCCCAGUACGAACCAGGCAAACGUUACCUAAAUUGGAAUUGUGUGCAGCAGUGCUACUAGCAAAGGUGCUAAAAAGAGUGACAGAAGCAUUACAGAUACCAAAAACAACAGUGUACGCGUGGACCGAUUCCAUGAUCACACUCGCAUGGAUAAAAGGUGACGCAAACAAAUGGAAAACCUUCGUGGGAAGUCGAGUGGCACAAAUCACAAGCAUGACCGCAAAAGAACAAUGGAACCAUGUGCGUACUAAUGAUAAUCCUGCAGAUCUGGUAUCGCGAGGAACAACAACAUCCAAAUUAAAAAACAACACGUUAUGGUGGAAUGGACCCAUAUGGCUAAAAACAGAUAAAUGGAAACACAGUACAAGCGAAUAUCCUACAACAGAGGUAGAGAGCAAGAAAACUAUGACAAUAAUAGUGAACAAUAGGAACGAGCUAGCAGAAAGGUUUUCUUCACUAACACAACUAAUUCGAGUGACAGCAUACAUCAUUCGAUUCAUCAAGCAUUGCAAAAAAAUUACAGUAGCUGACGAACAUUUAACAGUAGAAGAACUCAAUACGGCAUUAAAGAAACAUAUACAAGUAACACAACAGAAUACAUAUCCAAGGGAAAUACAAAAGUUAAGUAAGAAAGAACAAGUACACAAGGACAGCAAGUUAGAAUCGCUCAAUCCGUUUCAAGAUGAAGACAGUUUACUUAGGGCAGAUGGGAAAGCAUCAAAAAGGAGUAUUCAUCAACUAAUACCAAUCACGACAGAAGAAGGUAACACCGCAGAAAAAAAUCAAACAGCAACAUCACAACAACACGCAUAUGGAUGCAAUCUGAAAACAUUCGUUAUAAGCAUACUAAUGCUAUUGGUCACAGUAACAGCAGAAUACAAUAUUACAUAUCCAAAGCCAGGUUUCUACAUUGAACACAUGGGAGAAGUUCAAAUUGAAAGAGGUAUAUUCCGAAUCGAUCUACAAUACAACAAAUCACGAAUCAAAGAGGAUAUAAACGCAGCAUUUCUAACGACUAGUAAUUUCAAAGAGUUGUGCAAGAACGCAACAGAAAUGACAGAAAACGUACAAUGUACAGAAUUGGUGCAACAUAUCGAGGAUCAAGAAAAUCAAUUGAGAUGGGUACAAGAGGGAAUCAACUACAUAAGUCAAACUCGUAAAAAAAGAGGUAUCUUGGGGAAUAUAUUAACGGCGAUAUUCGGUGUGAAUGACGAAGUAUACAAGGACAUUGAUGCGUUAAACAAGAAUCAGCAAGAGUUAAUGCGGAAUUCAGAAAGACAAUCCAAAAUAAUGUUGUCUACUAUAUCAAAAUUUAAAGAGACAGAAAACCGCAUCGAGAAGCAAUUAGAGCGCUUCAACACUAAAUUAAAUGAAGCGAUAAAAGCCAUAAACCAGAUGCAGAAAUGGUAUAAAACAAUAGACGAAAACAGACUAAAUAUUCACAUCUUAAGUACAUAUCAAACAGCAGUGAAUCUAGUAACAGAAGUACACAAUCACUACAGCAAAAUAAGAAACAUCCACUACAACCAAGGGAACUUUCAAGAACUUAUAUCAGAAACCCACAUCAGAAGUAUUAUUACAUCGGCAGAGCAGAAAUUACCAAGCAUCCUCAAGAUUUUACCACAUCCAAUAAUCAAAGUAACUACAAAACAAACAGUGGAAGUGAUUCAUGUGUUCGGGUUUUUUCUGGUGGCAGAGAUCACGGUAUACGUGAUUAUGAAAGUCACCCCAAUUCCUAUAAAAAUUGAAAAUUCUACGUUUUGGACCUUAAAUGUCAAUGAAGAAAUGCUAGCUGUGGACUACAACAAUCAACUAUAUUUCGAAAUAUCAAAUGGCGGUCCACAACAUCACAGUCCAUUAUUACAAGCACGACAACUACCUUACUCAUUGCAAUUAUCUUGGCACUCGUCCUAG